UAUAAUUUGAAAAAUAAAAAAAAAUAAAAGGGAGUUUCUGUUCAACAUGACGUUCCCACUCUAAGAGGUAAUCAAAAGUGAUUACCAAUAGUUCAUAUAGAUACUGUCAUAUUUAAAGGCAAUUAAAGUUGUAAUUUGAAAGAACCUAACUUCAAGCAACAUUGUUUUAUAUUGAUCACAAAUAUUGUCAAUAUUCCUCAUGUGGGUGGAAUAUUCUUCGGUAAUCAUGGUUGUAAUGCCCUGUUUGCAAACCGAUCAAGCAGAUUUCUUCGGCGAAUAAUGCACAGCCCCUGUAUGAGGAAAUGCAACACUUCAAGAGAAUCAAACAUUUCAUCCAUUUGGUCAGACAGUUUCUGUGUGCAAAGUGCAAACAGAAGGUAUCCUAUUGAAGCUGGCAAUAUCAACAUAAAGAGAGAACAGAGUACAAAUAUGUGUACACCUCGGAAAUCUUUGAAACUUGAACUCCCUGAGUUCAAGGAAGAAGACGACACAGAAUACAUUAUGAGAAAAUGGAACACUGUGUUUCUCCAUUUGAAACUGAAAGUCCCUGAAUUCAAUGCAUUUUGUUCUCACGCGAACCAAACAGAGUAGGAAAAAUGAAGAAGAACAUUUUAAUUUUUGGGGGGUUCCUAUCAAUAUAGCAUUGACAAACUUAACAAAAAUUUCUGCUACUCUCGGAAUAUGGAUUGAGUGUCAUAUAGUGCCAAAAUGAUAUUAUUAAUUCUGGAUCAUUAUUCAUGUGCUUUUUAAUCCAUGGGUGGUUGAAUAGUUGGCAAUAGUAUGAGUGAUUGGUUUGGCCCUUAGGCCUUAUCCUUUUGGAGCUAGAUACAGAUGAGGGAAGCUGUGGCACCUGAAAGGCUCUAUCCAUAACUUCCCUCAUCUUAUGAUUUGUGGUAGCAAGGCGUCGUCGAGCUUUUAUCCAACAAUAUUAUUGGUCAGUUGAAUAACUUUUUUUGUCAUCAUUCUGUUUCCUUUGUAUUUUUGGUCAAAUUUCAGGAAAUUGUGCGCAUAUACGCCUUGCAAUGUACUUUGAUUUUUGAUAUCAUAUCUGACGUUCUCUGUGCUUGGAAAGAUAAUGGCAUCACCAUCAACCAUUCUGUUUUAAAGGAGGAGUUGCCUGAUCAGCCGGUCAUCAUCGACAUGCCAAAGGACUUGGAACCUGACCUGAACAAUACGUGUUGGAUCUACAGGGUUCCGGAGAAGCUCCGCAAGGUAAACGAAGCAGCUUACGCUCCGCAUCUAGUUCCAAUUCGCCCUCUUCACCAUGGCAAUCCAAAGUUGAAUGCAAUGGAGCAUCAGAAAUUCAAGUAUGAGCAACAAUUCUGGAAUCGGGACUGAUGGAAACAUAUAGAGGAGGGAAAAAGGAUCGAAUUCAUGGACAAUCUACUACCACGCAUCCAAAGUAGCUAUGCAGUGACCUUUGACUUUGAUCCUGCUGUUGCGAAUAAUCGGCUUGACUUCAUCCGCAUGAUUUUACGAGAUGCCUGCAUCAUCUUUGAGCUCUUCUUGAGAAACUAUGAAAACCGUUCAGGCGAUUACAUACUGAGAACACCAUGGUUGAAGACAGGUAUAAAACUGGACUUGAUAAUGCUUGAAAAUCAGCUCCCAUGUUUUGUUUUCAAGGAACUAUUUGACUUAACCUACCCAAAGGACGAAAAUGGGACAGAGAGUAAAAAUAAUAAUCAUCUAUCAGGGCUAACUGGGGAAAGUAAACGCAUCGAUUUCUUUAAGAACAUUUCUUGUGAAUUCUUCCUUGAUUAUUACUGGUUUGGAAAACCUCUCGCCGAGAGAACACACAAGCAAAUGACACAGUCCACGAACAAAAUCCGCUUUGCUGCUCUCGUCGAGGAUUUAAAAGAUGGUGAAAUUAAGAUCCCAUUCAAGAGAAUCAAACAUUUCACCGAUUUGGUUAGAAAGUUUAUGCUUCCGGGUGAUCAGUUUCCAGAGAAGGAUGAUGCUAUGUUCUGUCUCUGUACUGCAACACAACUGAGUAGGGCAGGGGUGAAGUUUGUGAGAUGCAAAGAGAAUAGAGUUAUAGCUGACAUAAUCAAAAAACAGAGCCUUAUCCCAUGUUUAAGGAUGUAUAUCGGAAUUAUUUGAAAUUGGAAAUCCCUGAACUGAAGGUACAAGGCAACAUCGAAUGCAUCAUGAGAAAUGUCAUGGCUUUGGAGCAGUUUGUUUAUCCGGAUGAGCCUUUUAUCUGCAAUUAUGUUUUCCUGCUGGAUCAACUCAUCGGCACCGCUGAAGAUGUGGAAUUUAUGAUCGACAAGAAAAUUGUUCACAACUGGCUAGGCAGCAAUGAGGAAGUGGUUCGCAUGGUUAACAAACUGUGUGACCAAAUUGUGGUAUCACGUUACUUCUACGCUGGUCUCUGCCAAAGACUUAACCAGUAUUAUGACAAUCCCUGGAACUUUUUCAAGGCAACCCUCAUGAGGGUUUACUUCAAGGAUCUUUUCACCAUUAGUUCCACAAUUAUUGGGAUUGCUUUCCUUGUAUUCUCCCUCUUCCCUACCUAUUCAACCAUCAAGAGUCUCUUCUUUUAAGUUUCAUAUCAAGGACUGUUGUAUGUACCGACGUUAAAUAAUCCCCCAUGGAUGAAAAUGUAAAUGAGUGUAAAUUAAAUU